CCCGCUCGCACUUGGCAGCACGGGGAAUAGAUCGAAGCCUCGAGUGACCGUACCUCAUCUCAAUUACUCACAACAUUGAUCUGAUCAAUUCGCACCUCGUCACAAAUCAGUCACAGAUCACGAAUCACAUCCUGUUCGAAGCCAGACCGACCACGACCGGGCGAGUUUCAUCUCGCGGGCUUGCAUCAUGACAGUUGAGCCUUCGACGGGUGAUUGCGGGAAACGAUCCGAGUGCGUGUCGCUCGGCAGGAGCAAGGAAUGCUUGACAUAACAGGAUCCAUCAACCCUAAUCGCACGGGUGGGCUAUGCAGACGUACGAUGGAAGAGUCUGACGCGCCCAAAUCCUUCCUGUCUGUUAUCCCUGGCCGAUCGCCUUCCCUGCCAUUCCGGUGCACCCGGUUCUCACAUUCACCGCGCGCAUAAGUAUGAGGAUUCGUUCGGCGUCUAUGUGAGACCGAGAACGAUCCCGUCUUCACGUUCCCUCUCCCUUUCACUCCCUCCCUCACUCGUUCCUCCACUCCUCUGACAUGGCGACACCUGCUCAUCCACUCCCGCUCCCGCCGCUCGAUUCGUCGCUGGGCGCGAUCGAGGUCGGCGCCACUGCCGGGAUGUUCUUGUUCGGGAUCGGCACGCUACAGACGUUCUACUUUUUCCGCAAGUUUCCAAACGAUAAAGCUCAUCUCAAAGCAACGGUCGCGCUGCUGUGGAUGCUGGAACUGGGACAUACGCUCUCGACGUCGCAUGCUGUGAGUGCGCGCGAGAAUGUUCUUGACUGGCGGGGGCUCUGAUCGAAUUCGGGGACGGCAGCUGUACUCGCUGACAGUCACCUUUUACGGGCAGCCGCAGCACAUCGAAUCCCCACCCCACUCGUUACAGAUGACCAUCCUCUUCUCCGCGCCCAUCUACUUCAUCGUCCAGAUCUUCUUCGCGAACCGCAUCCGCGCUCUGACCGGCCGGUGGCCCAUCACGGUCAUCUGCUGGUUCCUCACGCUCCUGCGCGCGGUCUGCACGCUCGCAAUCCUCGCCGUGACGCUCCGCCCCGGUGCGACCAUCACGCAGCUGGAGGGGCAGUUCCAGUGGCUGCUCACCGUCGCGUUAUCGCUGGGCGUCGCGGUUGACGUCAUCAUCGCAGCGGCGUUGUGCCAUUGUUUGUAUGGGCUGCGGGGGAAGAGCGGAGCUGUGACGAAGAAGAUGGUAGAUACGAUGAUUGUUUGGACACUGGAAGCUGGGACGUUGACUGGAGGAACCAGCGUUGCGACUAUCGUCAUCUUUGCCAUACGACAUGAUCUCGCGUGGUUCUCAUUCUACCUCGUACUUGCUAAAUUGUUUUCCAACUCGAUGCUUGCCUCGUUGAACGGACGGCAACAUUUCCGCGCCGCCAUCAAACCCACCAUCGUUCUCCAGACAACGCACACGCACACUCAUUCUUCUUCUGCGCAGAGUCCCAGGACGCCCACUCGCCACAGCAUCUCACAAUUUGAGAUGCACGGGCUGGGUGACAUGGAUGAAGUCAAAGAGGACGAGUCGAUUCAAUAUGUUGUAACCCCGAAAAAGGAUAUCGAAGCUGCGGAUAUAAAGCAGAUGUUCAGAGUAGUGUGAGGGAGCGCGGUUGUAAAACAGAUGUAUUCAAUAGACUAGGUUAGAGCGGCAUUUAGUCCUUACCUUCGAGCGUCCUAGACACAGCUCGAGCACCCCACUGUAUCCGACUUUAGCUCAGUUGGAAGAGCGCAAGACUGUAAUGGAUAACACAUUAUCU